AUGGAGACGCUGCGCGUGCUGAUGGCACUGUGGGCCGCCGCCCAGCUCGGCGUCGUGCCGGUUAUGGGGCUGAGGCCGCCGCGAAGGACUGCGGCGGGGCACAAGAUUGCCGGCGGACUGACGGGACAGGACGCUAACGGGGUGCCGCUACGGCGCUCUAAAAGAGGGUGGAUGUGGAACCAGUUCUUCCUCUUGGAGGAGUACACCGGCAGCGACAUGCAGUAUGUUGGCAAGCUCCACUCCGACUCGGACCGCGAAGAUGGCAGCGUGCGCUACGUGCUGACGGGCGAUGGCGCCGGCACGCUGUUCAAGAUCGACGAAAAGUCGGGCGAUAUCCACGCCACCAAGCGUCUGGACCGUGAGGAGAAGGCCUACUACGUGCUGCACGCCAAAGCCGUCAACCGCUUCACCGGCGAGGCGUUGGAGGGCGAGUCCGAUUUUAUCAUUAAAAUCCACGACAUCAACGACAACGAGCCACGCUUCACCAAAGACCCCUACAUCGCCAGGGUGCCCGAGAUGGCCGACAUAGGUACUCCUGUCAUCCAGGUGACGGCGCUAGACGCCGAUGACGCCACCUAUGGGAAUAGCGCAAAGGUGGUCUACAGUAUCCUGGAGGGGCAGCCCUACUUCUCUGUGGACCCUGAAACUGGCAUGAUCAAGACGGCGCUGCCGGGUAUGGAUCGCGAGGUAAAGGAUAAGUACCAAGUGGUGAUCCAGGGUAAGGACAUGGCCGGGCAGAUGGGGGGGUUGUCCGGAACAACCACGGUUAGCAUCACGCUUGCAGACGUCAACGAUAAUCCGCCGCGUUUCACCAAAACGCUUUACGAAUUUAAAGUGCCUGAGUCGGUAGUGCCGGGCUCGCCGGUGGGCACAGUCCGCGCGGUGGACAAUGAUAUCGGCGAGAAUGCCGAAAUGGAUUACAGGAUUAUCGGGAGUGACGGGCCAGGGAUGUUUGACAUCGCCGUCGAUCGCAGCACGCAGGACGGCAUCCUCGUGCUCAAGAAGCCGCUGGAUUUUGAGCGCAAACGUCAAUUCACCAUCCACGUUCAGGUGGAGAACGUCCACGUCAACCCUCGCUUCUUCUCCAUGGGACCCUUCAGGGACGAGGCGACCAUCAGGGUGACAGUGGAGGACGUGGACGAACCGCCCGUCUUUCAGCGCGCCAGCUACAUCAUGGAAGUCCAAGAGGACGCUGCGCCCAACACCGUCAUUGGAACCGUCAGCGCCGCUGACCCGGACAGCAAACGCAGUCCUGUCAGGUACUCUAUCGACCGGCGCACCGACAUGGACCGAGUGUUCGACGUGCACGCCAUCAACGGCUCGGUCUUCCUCCUUCGGGAACUGGACCGCGAGGAGAAUGCGUGGCACAACAUUUCCGUGGUGGCCUCAGAGUUUAACAACAUGCAACAGUUGAGCCGCGUGUCCGUCUACAUUCGAGUUCUGGAUGUCAAUGACAACGCGCCGACCUUCGCCACCAACUACGAGACGUUUGUGUGCGAGAAUGCUAAAGCUAAUCAGAGAAUCCAGACAAUAAGCGCCACGGACCCAGACGAGUCGAUCGGAGGUCACAGUUUCUUCUUCAGUCUGGCCCAGGAAGCGGCCGGCAAGGCCAACUUCUCUGUCCGCGACAACAAAGACAACACAGCGUGGAUUCUGACACGCCGAAACGGCUACAGCAGCCUCCUGAAGAGCGUAUACCACGUGCCGGUGGUAAUAUCAGAUAGUGGCGACCCCGCGCAGAGCAGCACCAGCACACUAACGGUGCGCGUGUGCACGUGCGACCGCGAGGGCAACAUGAAGCUGUGCAACGCCGAGGCGCUCACAGCCAAGGCCGGACUCAGCACCGGGGCGCUCGUCGCCAUCUUGCUUUGCGUCAUGAUCCUGCUCAUGAUCGUGGUUCUGUUCACCGCCUUGAGAAGGCAACGCAAGAAGGAGCCUCUGAUCAUCUCCAAGGAAGACGUUCGCGACAAUGUGGUCAGCUACAACGACGAAGGCGGCGGCGAGGAGGACACCCAAGCCUUCGACAUCGGCACGCUGCGCAACCCGGAGGCCGUGGAAGACGGCAAACAGAGACGGGACAUCGUGCCCGAGGCCUACUAUCCGCCCGUGCGCCGGCCACCCGUGCCCAGGGAGGCGCGGGACCACAACGGGGACGUGCGGGACUUCAUCAACCAGAAGAUCCAGGACAACGACAGCGACCCCACGGCGCCGCCUUACGACUCGCUGGCCACCUACGCCUACGAAGGCAGCGGCUCGGUGGCCGAGUCGCUCAGCUCGCUGGAGUCGGCCACCACCGAAGGCGAGCAGGACUACAACUACUUGAGCGAGUGGGGCCCGCGUUUUAAGAAACUAGCCGACAUGUACGGGGCCGACGACAGCGACCGCGAUUCCUAA